CUGUAUAUUUAUUCUUCCGGUGUAUGUCACAGUGGGAAUGCUGCUGUGUUUUUUCCACACUUUUAUAAAUCAUUUAGUGAAAUACAAAACGAAUUGACUGAUCUCCAAUCUAUACAUUUAUGUUCAGCGGGUUCGCUGUAACUUAAGUCAAAUAUGGAUAUCCCCAGUCCCCCCGAAGAUCAAGAGCUGAGGAAUGUCAUUGACAAGCUGGCCCAGUUUGUCGCUCGGAAUGGACCAGAAUUUGAAAAGAUGACAAUGGAGAAACAGAAGGACAACCCUAAGUUCUCCUUCCUUUUUGGGGGAGAAUACUUCAGCUACUACAAGUGCAAGCUUGCUAUGGAGCAACAGCAGCAUCCCUCUACCCACGAUGGGGAGGAGUAUAAAUCUGAAGAUAUGUAUAACCCGGGUGCCAAAGAGGUGGUUGAUAUCCCGCCUCCAUCAAUGCCGAUGAUUGCUCCACCUCCCAUUCCUCCACCUGCUGCACCCUCUAUUGAUGAGCUCAUCCAACAGAGCCAGUGGAAUCUGCAGCAACAAGAGCAGCAUCUGCACACGCUCCGACAGGAGCAGGUGACUGCAGCCAUAGCUCUGGCUAUGGAGCAGCAGACCCAGAAACUGCUGCUGGAAACUCAGUUGGACAUCACAGAGUUUGACAACCUGCUGCAGCCAAUCAUAGACACCUGCACAAAAGACGCUAUCUCUGCUGGUAAGAACUGGAUGUUCAACAAUGCCAAGACUCCACAGCACUGUGAACUGAUGACAUCACAUCUUCGCAACCGCAUCACUGCUGAUGGAGCACAUUUUGAGCUGCGCCUGCAUCUCAUCUAUUUGACCAAUGACGUUCUCCAUCACUGCCAACGGAAGCAGCAGAAGGAUUUGUUGGCAGCACUGCAGAAAGUUGUGGUUCCCAUCUACUGCACCAGCUUCCUGGCUGUAGAGGAAGAAAAGCAGCAGAAGAUCACUAGGUUGUUGCAGCUUUGGGAGAAGAAUGGGUACUUUGAUGAUGAGACCAUUCAACAGCUCCAGAAUCCAGCACUGGGGCUUGGCCAGUACCAGGCGUCUCUGAUAACAGAGUAUGCUGCAGUAGUGCAACCGAUUCAGCUGGCCUUCCAGCAGCAGAUCCAGGCUUUGAAAACCCAGCACGAAGAGUUUGUUGCCAGCCUGAAGCAGCAGCAGCAGCAGCAACAGCAACCGCAACCGCAGCCUGCCCCUGUAGCACAGCUGGCUACUCCCACUGAACCUGAAAAGGCCCCACCUAGCCAACCUGGGGAUGCCAAGCCUGCCAUGUCAGGUCCUCCUCCAGGGGAUUUUGAUGGCACCCCCUCCAGACCACAAGACCCUAGCAACCCCAGUGGACCCUCAGAUAUCCCCUCCAACAAGCCAGCGUGGUAUGACCCCCAGCACAUGGGCCCCUGGAAUCCCAACCAGCCGCCUCCUUUUGACCCAAACCAGCCUCCCCCUCCUUGCCCUCCGUGGAACAGUCAUGAGGGGAUGUGGAAUGACCAACGGGACCCAGGGAACUGGAGCGGGGGCCCACCCAGAGAAGGAGGCCCCUGGAGCGGUCCAGGUGGGUCUGAACCAGGCCCUCCAUCUUGGAAUUCUUAUGACCAGCAGCCACCAUGGGGCAACCAACCUGACCAACCUCCCUGGGGCCAGAGAGAGCCACCAUUUCCUCCACGUAUGCAGAGACCUCCCCAUUUCAGAGGGCCCUUCCCUCCCCACCAGCAGCCACCUCCUUUCAACCAGCCCCCUCCACCACCGCACAGUUUUGGACGCUUCCCGCCACGGUUUAUGCAGGAUGACUUUCCCCCCAGACACCACUAUGACAGGCCGCCGUACACCCCACACCGCUUUGACUAUGCUCAAGGAGAAUUUCCCGGAGACAUGCCAGGUCCUCCUCCCCACCACCAUCCCAAUCAGAGGCUCCCUCCCCCAGGUAUGGGGGCUGAUCAUCCUCCAUGGGGUGGAGGUCAGCACCCGGACUUUGGCCCGCACCCACAUGGCUUCAAUGGCCAUUCACCCCACAUGCGUCAUCGGCAGCAUCCGGUCCAAGAUGACCCGAGUCUGGUGCCAAACGUACCCUACUUUGACUUGCCAGCUGGACUUAUGGCUCCACUGGUCAAACUUGAGGACUGUGAUUAUAAACCUCUGGACCCUAAAGACAUCCGACUGCCCCCUCCCAUGCCACCUAGUGAUCGACUGCUUGCUGCGGUGGAGGCUUUCUACAGCCCUCCAUCUCACGAUCGGCCGAGGAACAGUGAAGGCUGGGAGCAGAAUGGCUUGUAUGAGUUCUUCAGGGCCAAGAUGAGAGCCAGGAGGAAAAAGGGGCAGGAGAAACGCAACAGUGGUCGUGGAGGCAGCCGUUCCAGGAGUCACUCUCGCAGCAGAGGGAGGUCUUCGUCUCGCUCCAGCUCUCGCUCUUCGAAGUCCUCCAGGUCACGGUCCCGCUCAUCUCGUUCCCGCUCCCGCAGCCGCUCCCGCUCCUACUCACGAUCCAGGUCCAGGAGUAGAUCCAGGUCAUCUCGGAGUCGCUCUCACUCCAGAUCCAGAUCCCGAUCACGUUCACCCACCAAGAGACGCCGUGGCGCCAAGUCUCGUAGCACCUCCCCUCUUUCCACAUCAGUGUUGGGUGGUCCUCCCUCCAAACUAUCUGCAGAUACCAGGCUAGGGGAGGAGAACAAGGGCCAUCAGCUGCUGAUGAAGAUGGGCUGGAGUGGUUCAGGUGGUUUGGGGGCAAAAGAACAGGGCAUCCAGGACCCCAUCAAAGGAGGAGAUGUGAGGGAUAAAUGGGACCAGUACAAAGGUGUGGGUGUGUCACUGGAUGACCCUUACGAGAACUAUCGAAGGAACAAGAGCUACAAUUUUGUCGCCCGCAUGAAAGCACGAGAGGAAGUGAAUCGGGAACCUCCGGAGGCCCCUUCUACUGACUGAUGUCAUCAGAUAACAUCAGACAACCUCCUCGUAUUCUCUGUCGCCACCUCCACCAAGCACCUGAAAUUCAGAUCAGUUUUCCAUCCAGGAUUCUAGUCAGCAGCCCCAAACCCUGCUUUUUCUGCACAAACCAGAGUGACAGUACAAUCCAAUAUCAUCACACUUAGCAUAUGCUGCUGAAGAAACGAAAAGCCUUUUUGCUCUGCUCAAUCUGACUCAAUCUGACAGUUUUUUGUUGUUGUUUUUUUUUUUUUUAGAAAAAAGUGAGUGGAUCCUGUAUGCUAAAUUAUUUUAAUUUGGGUUUUACAGUUUUCAUUCUUCUCAAGUUGCUUAGUUAAAUGAUUAGUUCCCCCAAGACAGAAAUUCUCAUUUGCCCUUCAUGUUGUCUGUAAAAUGCACUCAGUUUUAUUUGCAGACCAUUUUGAAAAUAAUUUUAUUUUCUGGGGGAAAAAAAACUUAACAGCAGUGUUUUUCAACCAGAAAUGACUCCUGCUCCCAGAUCUAGAUUAGCUGACCAAUCUGUGUGAAGUCCUGAUGAAAACUGCUCACUGUGGGUGGUGUCAGAGAUCUUAUUGGUGGAUAUCUCUUAACUUCUGCAAACAAAACUGAAGAUGUAUAUAGUCUAGAUAUCACUAGGAGUAUGUGGAAACAUUUUUUUGUCAUUUGUGCGAACCAACCUUUUUAGGACAAAGAAUUGAAUAAGAAGGUAUGGUGGCUGCUGUUGUUGGUUUUUAACUGCAGAUUAUUGUAAUACUUUUUCAUAUAAUGACUUCUUCUAUAGAGAUAUGCAAGUCUGUCGUUAAGUUGUAGUAUUAAAUCCAAUCAAUUGUAUUUUUCUCCACAAAUACACCUUAGAGACAUAACCUAAAUAAACAGAACUCCGACUCACAAA